CUAUAUAUUGGCCUUAAAAAGUGUUAUUAUAAGAUUAUUUUGGCAAAUAUUGGUUUAGUUUGUGUCAUAAAACGUAAGUAUAGGGUAUGGAAAUGGUGGUCCUAGUUCAGAAACUUGAAUCCAAAGUUUCCGCUUUUCAGUCGGCUCUUGCCGGCGGAGGAGCCGGUGCUUUUACAAGAGCAGUAGCACAGCCCCUGGACGUGUUGAAAAUUAGGUUCCAGCUUCAACUGGAGCCGAUAAAACAAGGUUCUAAAUAUAGCUCCGUAUUCCAAGCGUUAUCGUCUAUUGUGAGAGAAGAAGGACUGUCUACGCUAUGGAGUGGUCAUGUACCGGCGCAAUUGCUAUCUAUAACUUACGGGGUGUUGCAAUUUACGACGUUCGAGGAGCUUACAACUGUUUGUAAGAACGCAAACCCUCAGUUUUUCGACACGCAUAGACACGCAAUUAUUUUUUCUAACGGUGCCGUGGCGGCGACAGUAGCAACGGUGCUCUCGUUUCCGUUCGACACGGUCAGGACACGGUUAAUAGCUGAACAGAAGACUCAAAGAGCUUACAAAGGAUUUAUUCAUGCUUUCAACACUAUGGUCAGGAUAGAAGGGCCUGCUGCUUUAUUCAAAGGUUUAAUACCCACCUCAGGACAGAUUGCACCACACGCCGGCAUCCAGUUUGCAGUAUACAAGCUUUUCACAGACAAUAUAUUGACUAAAAUGAAAUUCUUUCACAGAGAUACUAUGACAGGAACAAUAGAGUCAUCUUUAUUAGCGAAUCUAAUAUCUGGAUCAAUUGCAGGUUUUAUAUCUAAAACUGCGAUAUAUCCUUGUGAUUUAGUGAAGAAGCGGCUACAAAUUCAGGGGUUUCAACAGUACAGGACGAGUUUUGGUAAACAAAUGUACUGUAAUGGUAUAUUAGAGUGUAUUAAGCUGACAAUAGUAGAAGAGGGUUUCCUAUCUCUGUACAAAGGGUACUGGCCCAGUAUGCUUAAGGCUGUGCUUGUUUCAGCACUGCAUUUUGCUGUUUAUGAUGAAAUAAAACAUCUGCUGAUGAGGGGACAGACUUGAAAGGUGAUAUAGAACAGUGACAUAGUUUUUACAUAUAAUGUAAAGAAGCCAUGUUGCUAAAACUGUCAAAAAAUAAUUAUUAUUACUACUAGUGCAAAUUAGAAUUGUAUGCUUCAUCACAUUUAUUUGUUAUUUAUUAUCAUCACACAUAGUUAUUUAAGAAAACGUAAAAAUGUUGAAUUUACACUUAAUUAUGAAUCUUGCAACGUAUCUCAUGAUGUAGCAUGGUUUAGUGGAAACAUAAAACAUUAAUUAGUUGUUAUUCAAAUUAUAAUAAUUAUUUUUCAUGUUAAAAACCUAAUAAAUUCUUGCCAGAAUUGUAAUAAAAUGACAGUGAAAACAUCCCACUUUGUUGAUUGCUAUAAAGCCACUUUGUCAG